AUGCAGGACGCUUUUUUGAUGCCAGUAAGCCCGGCACCUCGCCAGACUGACUAUCGUCCGACUAUCAAGAAGUCCCGCGGUCAUGUCCCGGCCUGUCUGGUAAAUGCCUCGGUGACGUAUUGCAGCAAUGACCGAAUAUAUGCCUUUGGCGGGUUUGAUCAAUACACCGAUGAAGUCUACAACCAUGUGCUCAAGCUGGACUUGGAGACCUUGGAGUGGGAGCUCGUCGACAAUUAUGGAGAUAUCCCCGGAGUGCGCAUGGGUCAUACUGCAUCCUUGUAUCAAGGCGACAAGUUGAUUGUAUUCGGAGGAGAAAAUGAACACCGCAAGUAUCUCGCUGACGUCGUCAUUCUCGAUUUGAAUACCUUCACCUGGUCAAUUCCAGAAAUCCGUGGCCCCACACCGCGUGGACGGGCAAGGCAUGCCGCCGUGAUUCAUGGAGAAAAGCUAUUCAUUGCAGGUGGAUUAAUAGGAGAGAAGAACCUCAUCCUAGACGACUUAACUUAUCUGGAUCUUCAAACUUGGACCUGGUCUCGAACCUGGAGCUUUACUGCCCGUUUCGAUCAUAUUGCCUGGGUAUGGGGAACGCGACUCUGGAUAUUUGGUGGAUUAGGACCCGAUAUGGAGCGAACGACCGACAUUUGGUGGCUCGACCUCAAAGGAUCCCCGUCAUUGACCGGAAGCACCAAUCUCCAAGGUAGUGUCAAUUCCCUGGGCUUUAAUCUUCCGACUGCUCAUUACCCAGACUCUAUUCCAAGCAGUCCUUUACAUCAGAUGUCUCCGCGAUCCUAUGCUGCAAACUCAGGCAGUGUGCAGGUUCGCAACCUUGGUCGCCGUAAACCUAUUGCUCCAGGUACUAUCUCCUGUGUCCGGUUUAACUCUGGCCCCCAUGUUCCAUCUCUCUUCUCCGGAACCCAUUUCCAAUCCUUUGUGUCCGGUGUGCUGCUCGAUCUAAUCACACCGUCGGAGACUGUCCGGUCGCAUGACUGCAACCUAUCCGCUCUGGAGCUUAACUCACUACGUUGGCAGCGAGUGGCUGACGGACAAGAGAUCUUUCGGCCCGGCUACCGAUGGCACUACUGUACGAUAAACGAGGCGGGAACGAAGGCAUGGCUGCUGGGGUGUAGUAUUGAGGGCGUGCCCGGAAGUAGUGAUGAGAACCAGAUGAGUGAAGUCCUCACCAUUGAUUUGGAGAAGUAUGGCUUGCUAGGGAACGGAUUGUCGGCGGAUGCUCCCGAGCAGGAUGCACCCUGGCCUUCUGAUCCAAUGGGCUCCCAAGUUUCCGGACUUGGUGCCGAUCUCGCCGCUGUGUUUGAUCAUCCACCCGAGUCAGGCAGUGGUACUGAUUUUGUCAUUACUGCAAUCCGUGAUGAUUGGGACUGUUCCAACUCGGAUGAACUGGAAAAUGAGCCGAUUGAAUCACCAACCAACGCUGCACCCACCUUUGUGGAAGUUGAUCCAUCGACUUCGGAGCCUAUUCAUGUGCAUCGACUCUUUCUACAACUCCGAUGGCCACAUUUCAAGCGGCUGUACUCUGCGCAGAUGGCCGAGUACCACACUAAGCGAAUGCAUAUCCCGGAACCCUACUCGGUUGUUCGGGCCUUCCUCUACUACUUGUACACAGACAGUAUUGCAGGUCACUCAGACUACCCAUCCAGUGCCAUUGAUGUGGCAGGUAUGCUGGUCAUGGCCAACCUUUAUGACAUGCCGAAGCUGCGCCUGCUCUGUGUGAAUCGAUUGAGCCGCGAGCUUGAUGUGCACAACGCAGCUAUUGUCUGGGAGCGUGCCGGGCGGACCAAUGAGCAUUGGCUGAAACGCCGCGCUGAGCGAUUCUGUCAGAUCUACUGGGGUCGUGUGGUUCGAACCGACGGGUUCAAGUCUCUCAGCCACCGCAGUUUGAUUGAGUUGUGUGAGAUUGUAGACACGGAUGCUAGUAUCGUCUCAGGGUCUGAGCUAGAAGUGGUGAGCGCAAUUGGAGCGCAUGAUCCUUCCAAGACUUCACUCUUACGGCUUGGCUCGACAGCCGACGAGUCUGAGAUGGACUCGGACGACGAAGAAAUGGAGAUUUUAUGA